AUGCGUACAGCAUUCAGCACAGAUGAAGUUUUGAACCAGGUGGGAUUGAGUUGACCUCGACUUAGCCCCAAGCACAUGAACAUUCUUGAACUUGAAAUACUGCAGAUGUUGGUUGAUGUAAACCUAGUGUGAACAUCCAAAAUAACCAGGAUCCCAAUGAAUUCUGUUCUUCACUGUCUGACAGUCGCAGCCCAUUUCAGACUUAGCAAUCUGGGAAAUCUAUGACCUCUUUAUCUUUAAUCCAGCUCUUUGGAUCUCCGAGGAACUCCGUGAACCAAAUUGCAUGUUCGAAAUUGCCAUUGACUUCUUUCUUCACAUGGACCACGGAGAUUCCCUACCGUCAUUUGUCUCGCCUGUAGGGCUUCUCUGGAAUGAUCUUAAGUUAUUCUUUAAAAUAUGGAAAACGAUUCCGGGGAUAAUCCUACCCCUUCAUCCAGCUCGUUCAGGCGAACUAGACGAGCUGUCCUUGACACUCGGGAACAUCGGUGAUUUGAUCUUCCAUGCGAUUCUCAUUGUUUGCCAGCUUGGCUUUCUUCUCUUGAUUCCCCUAUCCAUCUUCCUACCUUUCAAUAUAUUUUUAACCUUUUUUAUUGGCUUCCUUGUUGUGAAUUAUUUCGUUUGCUUGCCAUUCAACGGUAAGGAGGGCGCCAUAUAUAGAGCGAGGCCAAAGAACGGUAUUCCCAUCGCGGGCAGAGGUGAAAAAUGGAUAUUCAUAAAUGGCGUAUCAGUUGGGCACCGUUGGCUCCAGAACAAUCUUCAGCUAUUGGCCAACACCUUUCGACGCGAAAUUGUUGGAGUCCAUAAUCCGACGAGCGGAAUUAUUUUUGAUUUGAUCCAGUGUCUAAUCGAGCGGGAUUUCCAAUAUAAUACUCGCGACGUCCGCCAGGCUUAUGCAAUGGUCAAGGAUGAGCUUACAAGGACUACGAAUCCAAACGACAAAGUGAUACUUAUUGUUCAUAGUCAAGGUGGCAUUGAGGGUGGUAUGGUCAUCGAUUGGCUUCUGGCAGAUGUAUCAGAGGACAAUAUGUCUAAGCUCGAAGUCUACACGUUUGGGAAUGCUGCAAACCACUUUAACAAUCCCAUCCGUUCAGGAUCAACGGACAAGACCAACCCCGAGACGUAUCGGGCUAUUAGACAUAUCGAACAUUAUGCGAAUCACGGGGACUUUGUCGCUAGAUUCGGUGUUUUGAAUUAUGCCAAAAAGGCACCAGGCCAGAAAGAAAACCGGUUUGUGGGUAGGGUGUUUGAACGGCAGGGUAGUGGACAUAUGUUUUGCCAGCAUUAUCUCGACACUAUGUUCACAAUGGAUGGUGAUAAGGUUGCGGAGGGAAAUCCGUUUAUGGAUUCACCGCUGGAAGUUGACAUGGACAAUACUGAAACUAUAUUCGCGCAAAAGGCACACAAGCGUACGAUUAAAUCCAUGAGUAGGCUCUGGGAGUAUAGGAACGGAGGGAAGCCCUCAACCUGAUUGCGGUUACGGUGGAAACCCGCUCCGUCCAGAACCAAUGUCAAUGGUCCUCUCGGGCUUAUCCCCAUCAUCUGGAGUAUGCAAUAAAAAAGAAAAGAAAAAAAGGCAGAUGCAAUUGGUGGCUACAUAGGUAUUUACGGACGUAUGGUGUGGUUCAGGAGUUAUUCGGCCAAUAAAAGUGAUCUAUCCAAAG